GGAGAUCAAACAUGCAUAGGAGGUCAGGAGAUGGUGCUGGUGUCUAAGAUGAGCCGCAAUAACCAAUGCCAUGCAGUGCCAAUUCACUACUUAUCUGAAAGUAUUCCACAUAAAGCAAACUAGUCUAAUUCAUAUUGGCUCCAGAUUUGCAUUAAUUGUUAGUAAAUUAAAUUCAGCUGUAAUAAAAUUAGAUUUUAGGAUAAAUGCAGAGUUUUCAAAUCAUCCCCAAUGAAUUUUCUACAGUCCUUCACGCUGAGCGAAGCGCAGCAGUAGAAGAGAAAUGUCCAGUUCAACAGGAAGUCCAGCAGUACCAGGUCGGACCUCAGAAUGGACGGACAUCCUCCUUGGCUGAAAAAGGGCCUGAGAAGACAAAGGUGCAUGAAGGUUGGAUCUGUCGACAGUUCUUUUGAAGAUGAGCUGUGAACAUUUUGAGAUGGCAGAGUGAGGAAAUGGACUUGACUGAAUCACGGCUGCAAAGUGGGAUUGUGGUCAGGUCUACCACACGUUUAAGCUUGUAGCAGCAUUCCUAAAGGGAUGAGCCUGCACACCUAACUAGUUUUAUCGAAACAAGUGUACUGAGUCUGCACCAGUGAUAGAAAUGUGAAGCUGAAAAUUCAGUGGUUUUUAUGUCACCUGUGCAGCAACUCAUCAGGCUCUGCAGAAGCCUGUUAAUCACCUGCUGAUUAAAACUGAUAAACCAUGCAAGAUAUCAGCCCUCCAGGACCAGGAUGAGAACCACUGGUUUACAACAUGAGAUUCAGAAGGGUGUUGCUAUGGUUCUGAGUGUUAAAACCUAAAUGUACACGAGUUGUAUUGAUCGAUCUUCGUUGCCAGUGAGUUCUCCUUAAUCCAACACCAUUUUGUUUUCCUCAGAUUCGAUGAGACCACUGGUGCACUUUUAUGUAGGCGUUAUAGUGAAGUGAGUGAUUUACCAAACUAGUGUAAAAGACUAUUUUCACCUGAAAGAGUGUAAGGUUUCAAACGGAGUGAAGAACAAGCAGACUGCUUCAAGUCACAGCAAGGUAGCAAUCAGCAAAGUCCCAGAUGUCAAAACACCAAGAUGAAAGUGAAAUUUCUCAACUAUAUUGGGAAAAAUUGCCUAGACCAUCGAACAAGUUGGUUGAAGAAAAUUAGAAAAUGGGCUAUCAGGACUGAUGAGUCUGAAGAUAAGAUUUUGGGAAGUUUGUUUGCAGUGGGGUGGAACCGUGUGUAAAUAUUCACUCUUAUGUCGUAUUAUGGCACGUUAGGUUACUAUUCGGAAAAACUUGUUUUUAAGCAAAGGGGCGGGGCUAGGUUACGUAAGUUCGUCAGUGCGCCACUACGGGCAGAGACAUUAAAAUGUGUUUUUAAGACAACAGUUCGUGCUGGACACGUUUACUUAUGUGGUGUCUAAAAUCUACGUGAGAUUAUGCAAGAUAGGUAUCAGGAGGUAGGCUUUGUUCAGCAAAUACUCGGCUUGAAUUUAGUACCGAGGAAAAAUGGCACAGGAGGCAACAACACGGCCCUCAGCGACUUCUCAGAAAUGUGGUACGGUGUUUUUCUGUGGGCAGCCGUUUCCUCGCUGAUCUUCCACCUGCCUGCAGCUCUGAUCUCUCUCGCUGCACUGCGCCAGCACAAGGUAGCACGUUUCAUGCCUGUGGCCAUCUUCCUCAUGGGCUUUGUGGGUCCGGUCUGUGGUGGACUUCUCACUAGUGCAGCCGUUGCUGGCGUGUACAAGGCUGCAGGAAAGACGAUGAUUUCUCUGGAGGCUUUUGUUUUUGGUGUUGGACAGUCAUUUUGCGUCCUCCUCAUCUCCUUUCUUAGGAUACUUGCCACCCUUUAGCAGUGCCGAGAAUGUUUCUACUGGACCUGAAGAUGCUGGUCCGGUGUUUCAGCAGAACCGGAGCCUAACCUGGUACAAAACAACAAUCCUGGGACCAGAACUGGUGUUACUGUGACACAGUUUCAGAUUUUACUGCAACACUGAAGAAAAGAAUGUCACCUGUAACUUAGCCUUACGUUAAUCAGAUUUAGUACAGGAGCAAACUGCUCUCCCGUUACAGGAGUAGCAGCUGAUUCUUGAGGGGACGAGCCAACAGAAUACCCAUGGAGUUAUCUAUGCAGGAGGCUGUUCUGUAGACGGGACUACAGUUCAGCAGCAGCACGACUGCUGCUGUGUGAGUGAGUGAGCGAAUCUCUUGCGGGAGUCUGGAGGUCCUGAAUGGGUGCUCUGUUAAUCAGAAAUUAAAGGAAUUCUUUUCGGGGCCUUAAUGUGUAUUAUCCAACCUCCAGAGUAUUUUUUUCCAAUAUGUCAGUGUGUAGUAUUUAGUCAAGUCUGAUGGCAACACAAUCCAGAUGUUUUUCAUUUGAUUUGGUUAUUUUUUAAUCUUCAGGCUUUGUUUUCUGCUCAAUCAUCCAGGGUCUUCAUUUGUCAAACGUUUGUAGAAGCUGUCUUAUAAUCCAUCCUAUGCAUGAAAUUUAGAAUGUUUCUUCAAAAUCCUCAUUUAUGAAACACGACACUCGCAUGCAUGUUUCUCCACAAUCGACUGAAGAGAAGUCCCAGCUGUGUGUAGCCGUGUCCGUUUAGUCAUUUACGCACAGAAACGCCCCUAACCGUCUUUGGUCACAGCUCAUGAGGAUCCUUGCAUUCCUCUCGAGGUAAAAAAAACCCUCAACAACAGUGAGAUCGGGGUACAAAAUGGUACAUACCACACAGUGCAUAAAGAUCUUCCCACACACACCUCUGUGUGUAAGUAGAGUUGAUAAAUGAGGGCCCAGUUCAGCAUGCUGCCUCUGUAUGAGUGAAGGUUACUGGCUACACCACUAGAGGUCACUAAAGCCUCCACACUGCUCUUUUGUCUGCUUUAUGGUUGGUUGUUCAUGCAUAACUGUUUUCUGUUAGAAGCACCUACAUGUUUUUGUACUUCACAGAUAAAUGAUGACGCUGAUGUUAGCGGGGUUCGUUCAGCCUCGGCUUUGACUGAGUAGGGUCAUUUCCUGUUGCUCAGAAGGGCCAGACAGCUAGAUACACUUGGAAAGUCUAAUGAGCUUUAAUUGUUUUAUUUUGAUUGAUACAAUUUGUAACAAAUGUGUCAUUUGUGACAAUCUAUUUUGUAAAUAUUAAAAUAUUUGUUAAAGGA